AUGUGCAGCGGAGCGACGACGCAUCCUCCUCCCGCUCCCGCCGCGUCGCCCGAGACGGGAAGAACCGCGGGGAGAGGAAGCGCCCAGCCCAGCCCAGCCCCUCUCAGCCUCCCGGCUCCGCGUGCAGCUCCCCGAGCCCCGGCCAGGGGACGGCCGCCUGCCCUUCCACCCUCCCUCCCGCCGCCGGAACUCCGGGCGCCCCCUAGACCGCCGGCUGUUACCUCGCUCCCACGCCGCCGAGCCAACCGUUCUCCUCCGCCGGAGCGCGCUUUGUCUGUGCCGGCGGCCUGCGGGGCGCUGCUGGUGGCGGCGCUUGCACUGGGCGUGUGCGUGGAGCGAGCGGAGCGCCACAGACACAAAUUCUCCAGCCAGUAUCCCAGUGUCCUGCAUAGCUGA